AUGGUGUUUGAAAUAUGGCACCAGUACCAGGGAUCCAGGGAUAUCCUGAGACAUCUGGACAAGGCCCGCGAUGUGUCCAACAAGAUAAGGAACAUUCUCAAUAAUAAUACACCAUUGGACCUCAAAUACACUCAGUUCCUUAUGCAAUGGGGCCAAUGGAUUGAUCAUGAUCUAAGUUUGACGCUUAUGUCUGGAAAAGACGAUGUUGACUGUGGCAAAAGUUGUUCCAGGGAAGCCCCAUGCUUUCCAAUUGAGAUUCCACAUGAUGAUCAUAGAAUUACAGAUGCUGAUGGAUGUCUGUCUUUCUUCCGCUCUGCUCCCGUGUGUGUCACUCGCCAGUCAGCUAAAAUCUAUGGAUGUCUUCAUAUGCGUGAACAGUUAAAUGCUGUAACAGCCUUCAUCGAUGCCAGCAUGGUGUAUGGUAGUACAGAGACCCAGGCGAACCUCUUGAGAGACCAAACAAAUGAUUUGGGCUUGUUACGUGCGAAUGAAGUCUUCACAGAUAAUGGAUUCGAACAUUUACCAUUUAUAAAUAUUUCAAUGAACGCUUGUGCUCAAAGUAGCUGUCAGACAGUUGAGGGUGGUCAUCCUGAUAUUCCAUGUUUCAUUGCUGGUGACAAUCGUGCAAAUGAGCAUAUCAGGAUCACGGUGCUCCAUGUAUUAUUCUUCCGGGAACACAAUCGCUUGGCGAGAGAGCUGAAGAAGUUGAAUCCAUACUGGAGUGGAGAAACGAUUUACCAGGAAGUGAGGAAAAUCAUUGCAGCAUAUCACCAGAUAAUUACAUACAAAUACUAUCUACCCAAAAUAAUUGGCCCAGCAGCAAUGAGGAAAUAUCUACCCAAGUACAAAGGAUAUGAUAGCUCCAUCGAUCCAAGUGUUAAGAAUGCUUUCGCCACUGCAGCCUUCCGAUUCGGACAUGGCAUGAUUCAUGCAACAGUGCCACGUUUGAAUGAAAGUUACCAGGAGCAUCCCAAAUUUCCCAAUCUGAUGCUGCGUAAUUCCUUCUUCACUCCAGGGAGACUGAUAUACCAAGGAUAUAAUUCCUGGAGAAGAUUCUGUGGUCUUAGUGCGCCUAAAAACGAGGAGGAAUUCAGCAAAGUUCUCAAAAACCCAACAGUGGCAAACAAUCUCCUCAAACUGUAUGGAACUCCAGAAAACAUUGACUUGUGGCUGGCAGGAAUCAUUGAGCCAUUUGUGAAAGGUGGAAGAGUGGGCCACUUGUUCGCUUGUCUGAUAGGAAUGCAAUUCCAGGAUUUGAGAAAUGGAGACAGAUUCUGGUGGGAGAAGAAAGGUAUCUUUUCCAAAGAACAAUACCAGGCUCUUUGUCAGGUUUCUCUGGCGAGGAUAAUCUGUGACAACAGCAAGAUUGACUUUCUUCCAAAUGAUGUAUUUGUGCUAGAUCCAUUGCUAAAAAACUAUUCCAACUGUCGUUGGAUUCCAAAGCUAGACCUGAGGUCUUGGAAGGAUGUGAUGGUACAGUAUCAUUAUUCAAACUUUGUACUGUCUACUAAACAUUUUGGUCAACUGAACUGAACUAAGUGAAUGUAAGAAAAUGCAGAUUGUUUCUUCUUAUGCAUCUAGGUUAAGAAAAAAAGGCCUCUAGGUCAUAAAGACGUUUGGACAGGUAUAUAAAUGAGAAAGAUUUAAAGGGAUAUGGACCAAAUGCAGGCAAAUGGGACUACUUUUGUUGGGGAAAUCUGUUUGGCUUGGAACAAUUGGGCUGAAGGGUCCAUUUCUGUGCUGUAUGACUUUAUGGCUCUAUGACGUGCUGAUCCCCACCCAAAUGAUUUCCAACUGUUCCACCCCCACCUUAAAAUGGUACUUUCUGUAGUGUUUGUAAUGAGGUCAUCCAGGUGGACCACCUAGAAUAAGAGUUCCUCCAUUGUGGUGUUAAA